AGAGGCGCUACGAGCGACCUGCCCGCGUUGGAAGGAGGCGCCAAAAUGAGCGGCGGACUCCAGAUACAGCCCGAUGACGAGCUCAAGUUUCGACUCGAGCUCAAGAAGCAGAUCCCCGCGACGAUCCGGCUGUACAACAGUGGCAACGAGGAAAUCGCUUUCAAGGUGAAGACCACGGCGCCGAAGAAGUACUGCGUGAAGCCCAACACCGGGUUCGUCAAGAAGGGAGAGACGGUGAACGUGCACGUGAUCAUGCAGGCGCAGAGGGAGUGGCCCGCGGACAUGAUGAAGUGCAAGGACAAGUUCCUGGUGCAGUCGUGCCCUAGCGGCGGCAGCACGGAGUUCACCGAGCUCUUCGUUAAGGGUAAGGAGGACAUCAAGGAGCAAAAGCUGAAGGUGAGCUACUCGCAGCCGGCGCCGCCGCCGUCGCCGGUGCCCGAGGGUGAGGAGGGGCCGAGCGAGGACGCCACCAAGGCCAAGUCCAUGUUCACCGCCGCGGAGACCGCGCCGGUGUCCAACGACGUCGGCUCGCUGCAGCGGGAGCUCGAGCGGUUCCGCGCCAAGAAUGAGAGCCUCUCCAAGGACCUCGACAUGGCGCUGCAGGGUGGCAAGCGCGAACGGUCCACCGGGUUCACCCUCUUCCACCUCCUCCUGGUGGCAAUCGUCGCCUUCUUGGUCGGUCACUACAGCUGAGCGGCGGGGUUCGGAUAGGGGGUUGAUAGCUGUACUUGAUGUUCUUUGUGAAGGUUUUGAACUCUGUAAAGGAAAAAUAGGUCAAUGCU